AUGGCCCAGUCCGAUCUUGACCAGCUGCUCGACAUGGGCUUCGAGAAGGCCCGAGCUGAGCUCGCAGUCAAGAAGACAGGCAACUUGAACGGAGCUCUUGAGUGGCUUGAGGCGAACCAGGACAAGCCUCUCGAUGAACUUACUGCCGCUGCCAACGCCGCCGCCAAGGACGACGAGGAUGACGACGCAGGCGAGGUCCAGGCCAAUAUCGAUGCUCUUGAGAGCGGCGCCACCGCAAAGUCGCUUGUUUGCAACGAGUGUGGCAAGCGCUUCAGAUCGCAGGAUACUGCCUCCUACCAUGCGACGAAGACGGACCAUACCGAUUUCUCGGAGUCAACGGAGGAGAUCGCUCCCUUGACUGACGACCAGAAGAAGGCUAAGCUCGCCGAGCUGCGCGAGCAACUCAAGGAGAAAAAGGCGAAACAGGCCGUUCUGGACAAGGAAGAGGCCAGGCGCAACGAGAAAAUUCGCAUGAAAGCGACCAAGGAAACCCAAGAAGCCAAGGAAGAGUUGCAGCGUAAGGAGCAGCUGAAAGAGGUAGCCAGGAAGCGCCAGGAGAAGCAGGAUGAUCUAGAGGCGAAGCGCCGCAUCAAGGCUAAGAUCGAGGCCGACAAGGAGGAGCGUCGCCGCAAGGCAGAGGAGACCAAGGCAGCAAGAGAAGGCAGAGCCCCCGAGUCUGGUCCCGUCGCCGCACCCUCCAUACCGAAGGCUACCGCAAACCAUAACGAGGCUCGCUUGAGGUUGCAGACGUCGGGCGGUAACGUCAUGAAGACUCUUCCCUCCGAGACUACCCUCUUCGAAGUAGCCCAGAUGCUCCAGUCCGAGAAUGGCUUGGAGGUUACGAGCUUCUCAACCACGUUCCCCAGGAAGACGUUUGAGGGUCACAUGGAUUUGAGCAAGACUCUGAAGGAGGCUGGCCUUACUCCUAGCGCCGUUCUCAUCGUCAAAUGA